UCAAGGAACCAUCUUACCCACUUGCCUGAUGCCAUUGGAUCGCUUAUCAACCUUACAACCUUACAACUCGCUCAUAACCAGCUCGUCGAGAUACCAGACACCAUCUGUGGCCUAAUCAACUUGACCGACUUGGACUUGGGCCACAACCGACUGACCCGCGUGAGCCCACACAUCGGCCAUUUGAAAAAACUCGCUCAUUUAAACCUGAACCACAACCGUUCACUGUCGGAACUGCCCAUCGAAGUCGGUGGAUUAGAAAGUCUGGCCUCACUCUCCGUCCUGCAUUGUCCAGAAAUAAACAUGCUACCAGCCGAGUUAUUACAACUGCCCAACCUGCGUCGUCUCAAGAUUGCAUCUGUAUCAAAGAAAGAUAACAACAAUGCAACAUCCGAAGAAGAACAACUUCAUAUAAUGAACGAUUUGAAACACGAUCCACCGAGUUUACUCGAAAUCUGUGCUCGACGCAAUAUCAAAGAAGCAGCAUACUACUUACCUCAUGUACAACCCAAGCCGUGUACAGCUUGUGGCAAGCCUUAUUUUCAAUCGUACGUGUCACGCCGCCGACUGGUCGAGCGGCCUGACUUGACGCUGGUCAUGUUUGAAUAUCGAUUAUGCUCGGCACACUGGACGGACGACGACGAUCGCAUGCGAUACAUUUUCAGUCAGUCGCCAUCACUA